CAAAUAUGAUACCUACAUACAGUGAAUGAACAGAUAACGUUGACUCACUCCAAGUUAUUUCCUAAGUUUUUUUAUCAUAACGCCAACUCAUCCCCAGUGUAUCCCGGCACUUCCAUGCGACCACACGGUUCGUUAACAAUACUGCGAUGUUAAUAUUUAUAUACAAUUCUUUAAAAACAUGUUUAAACAUAAGUGUGAACGUUUGUACGCGAGUUGUAUUAAUAUUAAUGAGUGCCCUAAUUUAUCAAGGAUUUGUAAUAAUGGAAAUAUUUUUGAACAGCUUCCAUUUAGUGUACCCGCCUUAUUUAGAAAAACCUAUAACAAGCAUGCUGAACGGCUUCGUCCGGAGGUUUCUGCGGUUUCUAGUCUCAUUAUUAGCUGUUAUAAUAUAUCCAUUAACGUACAUAUUAAGUAUCAAGAGGACGAGAAAAUGUCCGCCACCAACGAACCCCAUACUAUUCAAAUCUGCUACAACGUUGACUGCGAUGAUCAGAAACAAAGAGAUCACAUCUGAAGAAGUUGUAACAGCUUACAUAGACCGAUGUAAAGAAGUGAAUCCUUACUUGAACGCUAUUGUGGAGCCCAGAUAUGAGUCCGCAUUAAGAGAAGCAAGGGCGAUAGACAAAAUGAUCUCCUCUACCACCAGAACCCCUGAAGAAUUGGCCAAAGAAUACCCAUUAUUGGGUGUACCGUUUACCGUGAAAGAAAGUAUAGCAGUAGAAGGAAUGAGCAACGAUGCCGGUACAGUCCACCCUUACAGGAACCCAGCGAAAGCUGACGCCACCAUUGUGCGCCAUGCGAGGGCGGCCGGCGGCAUCCCCAUUGCGGUCACCAAUACUCCUCAGCUCUGCAUGAACUGGGAAACCUACAACAAUGUCUUGGGAGUCACCACUAACCCGUACGAUCAGAAACGGACUCCUGGCGGGUCGUCAGGCGGGGAGGCUGCUCUCAUAUCUUCAGCUGCUUCUUUAAUUGGCGUGGGAUCUGACAUUGCUGGAUCACUCAGACUGCCGCCUAUGUUUACUGGGAUUUUUGGACAUAAACCCACACCUAGACUAGUGUCUGUUCAAGGACAUGUGCCUGAUUGCAAAGACGAUACUUUUGAGGAUUAUUUCGCUCUGGGACCGAUAACACGAUAUGCAGAGGAUCUAACAUUACUCCUGAAAAUUAUCAAGGAGCCUGAUGGACCGUAUGUACCUUUGGAUAAAUUUGUAGACGUGUCUAAACUUAAAUAUUAUUAUAUGGAAGGAGAAGGUAGUAAAGUCACAAACUCAAUCGAUUCUGAUGUAAGAAAAGCUCUCCAAAAAGCCAAAGACUAUAUGAAGAAUACCUACAACAUCGAAGUUGAACAUCUAAAAAUAAAGAAUAUGGAGCACAUGUGGGAAAUCAGCAUCAGAGUUUUGUUUAACAUAAAGAAUAUCCGGAACAUCUAUACGGAUCCAGAGAAUCCUGAAAAACUCAUAUCGAUGUGGCCAGAGGUCAUAAAGAGAAUAUUUGGUCUGACUGACAAUAAUUUCACCAGCGUCGCAUACGGGCCUCUAUACAAGUUCUUCAAUGCACUUCCGAGGAGUGAUUAUGAGAAACUGCUCAAGAUUUUUAAUGAGAUCAAGACUGAAUUUCACAAUGCCCUUUCUGACGAUGGAGUUCUGUUCUUUCCUACGUUUCCGUAUGCGGCAGACUUACAUUACAGAACGUUCUACAAAUUCCUGAACUGCAGUUACCUGACCAUCUUCAAUGUCCUAGGAUUGCCAGUAACCGCUUGUCCCAUCGACUUCACUAGAAAAGGAAUGCCAGUAGGCAUACAAAUAGUAACGAAUAAAUGCAACGAUCACAUCUCAAUAGCUGUUGCCAGAGAAUUCGAAAAAGCUUUCGGAGGAUGGGUACCACCUAACAAAGAUCUCCUAGUUGACGUUAAGACAGCAUAAUAUGACAACGCUGCAACGACGAAGAAACAUGGUGUUGCGUAAUUUAAUCGCACUAUUAAAACAUAUCAGUAGUUGAUAAGUCUAGGUGUAUAUAAGGUAUAAAUUGUGAAUCGGUUAUAAAGAAGAUUAAAUUCAAAAAUUUUAUCUAACGUUAGAAUGAAAUGUUAAUGAACAAAUUCAUCUAGAAAUUGUUAUAAGUAGCAAAUUAUUUGGAAGAAAUCCAUGGCGCACAGUGGCUAGUUCUUUCGGUCUGUGAACGUGAAUUUUCAGCAAUUUACGCAAUGGUCGUUCAUAAGAUAGAUUUCACAAAAUUUUCAGCUUUUUCGGAUGGCAUGCUAAGCCCUUGGUCCCCGGUUGCACCAACAGUCCUAUACAUUCACCAAUCCGCAGUGGGCCUGUGUGGAUAGCUCAUAGCCCAUUCUCCCUAAUCCAUUUAUAGAGAAGUCUUAUGUGGACUUAUGCCUCAGCAUCCGGGACAAUACUAAGCUGAUAAUGAUGAUUGUUUAGAUCCUUCUUUAUCAUGGAUUGGAAACUGCGUUAAUAUUUAUAGUGAAUGAUCUUUCUAUAGCAACAUGGUGAGACAAAGUUCUCGUGGUAAAUUUAUCGAGUUAAAACUAGCAGUAUAGAUUAAAUUGUCACAAUGAUGUUAUGACGUACCUGAAAAAAUAUCAGAAUUGUUAAAAUAUGAGAGCCUUUUUUACCGUCCUUAUUUAUAUUAUAAUAUGAAGUUAUUCGACUUUAUGCUCGUAAUUAAGUAUUGCUCUCUGUCAAGGACAGCUCGAAUAGAAAUACUCUAUCUAUUAAAUAUCUUAUUUCUUGCAUGAGACCGGGGCAAAAUGAGAUACUUAAGAGAAAAAACUUCAGAAUAUGAAAAUCAAACUGUUUAUCAUAAAUUUAUUAGAACAACAAAAAUACUUAUAAUCUCAAUUAACAUGAUUAUAAUGUUUUAUGACUCUAAAUCACAUAUUUUUUUGGAAAUAAGAAACUAAAUGACGCAUUCCAAAUAUCUCGUCUUGCCCCAUGAUCAGGGCAAAAUGGGAAACGCUAUGGGGCAUAAUGAGUACACAUUUAAAUCUGGUCGGCAACGUUCACAUAUAUGUGCAUCUUCAUAAUCAUCGUCUACACCUGCGCAAGAAUUAUGGGUCUAGCCUUUGCACUCUCUACAAAUAACCCAUCCUUCAUUGGAUUGUGAAUAUGAGUACCCACAAUAUAUACAAGGACAAUCAUUUUCAUAAUAUAAUAAUUCUUCUUCCUGUUCUUUAUUAAAAACUGUUUAAUAGCGCCCAAAUUUCUUUCUACCAUAGUCAUUAUCUGAAUCAGUGUCUGUAUCUAGAGAAUAUCGAGCCUUUCUCACUCGUCGUUCCAAAGCCGAUUUAGGCACGUUAUAUGUAGCUGAGGCUAGAAGAAAUCCUACUGUCUCAGAAAGCCCAGCUCUAACCGCUCUUCUCAUAUCGUCUUCUUCCCAUGUUCCACGAUCUGCUUUGCGUUUAUAAUUUCGUACCAUUUUAACUGCAAACAAAAAAUAAAUUUCUUAUUGUAUAGUAAUAAAACACUCUUUUACUAACAUAUAUGGGGCAAAACGGAAUACUAUGUCAUUAUGCCCCGACCUUUUUAUCCCAACAGACUCAUUUUGCAAAAGUAAUAACAGUAGAACUGUUAUUAAGACAAACCUACAAAAUUAUUAAGCAAAAAAGCAACCUUCAUUCGUUAGAUUUUCACUACUACAAGAAGUAUGUAGUAAAAUAAUACAAUAGUACAUCAGUACUAUUAAUAAUAUAAGGUAGGUAUCAACCUACCUUGGUGCACAUUGAUUCAAAACAGAAAACUUCGUAAAAAUCCUCCCAAAAACUGUAUUUUCUCGCCACGCAGCCAAAACACGCAGUGACACAUACGCACCCGCCGGCCUCAUUUGACGCGGCUGAACAUCAAGCGAAUGGGGCUGUGUUAAGCUCUGUUGUGUUCACCAGCACACUUCCCGUCCUACCCCGAGCUUCGUCUUGCCCCGGUCUCCCCUACUUACGCUUUUGUAAUGAAAUAAUAAUUUGUGAUAGUGAUAGUAAAGGGAAAUUUUGAUUUUUACCUUUUACGUAAUUUACUCUUUUUAUAUUUCUUUUUGUAUAUUUUAUUAUAUGAUAGUCGUCACAUUUAGAUUUAAACUAACGCAUACUUGAAAACAUCACUUAAAUCCCAAAAAAUAGAAAAUAAGGUUUGUCGGAAAUAAUAUCAGUUGUAAAUAGGUUUUAUCUACGAACAUCACAAGUAAAUUAUUUUUAUGUUUAGCUGGUUAUACUAGUAUAAAAUGGAAAAAGGAAUAGGUACCAAUAUACAUACUUAUCGAAAAUAUAUCCAAGUGUUCCAAAACAACCUAAUUUCUCAUUUAAAGUCAUAAUGAUACCCAAAUGAUACCUACAUACCCAGUGCUAUUUUAAUUUAUACUAGUUAGGGCAUAGUGCGCUAAACGACGCACGGGUGCAUUCAGAACAGUACCCUAAGCACAAACCAAUAUCGAAUUCGAAUAGUUGAAUUCGAUCUCGAUUUGCGUCAAAUGUUAAGAAAUUUUGAAUUCGAUCUCGAUAUGCGUCAAUUGUCAAGAAGUUUUGGUUGGAAAUCUGGAUAGCGCCACAGCGGACGUAACGACAAUUAUAAAUCUUCCAUACAAAACUUCUUGGCAUUAGACGCAUAUCGAGAUCGAAUUCGAAUAGUUUGCGAGUCCGAAAUGUCAUUAUUAAAUGUGUACUGAUUUUUAGUACUCGUUACGUCCUUUGUGGCGCUUCUGUCCAAUAUUUUUUUUUGUGGAUUUUCAAAAGGAAUUGCAAUUGUAUGCUAAUUUAUUUGAGAAAAGUAGGCAAUAUAGAGUCUGUUAAUGUUAAGAUUUUUAUAUAUCAAUCGAACCCUGCCAUCUGUCAAAUGUCGAAGUUUUCUAUUGAUACGGAUUUGUUUGUUGUUAUGAUUUCUUGCGGUUUUUUGUACUUAAUCAUGUCUAAAAGGGGUAAAACCUUAAAAAUACGGUAGAAAAGCAAUGAUUUCAAUCGUUAGAUAUGCCCUUACCAUAGUUUGACCGCUCUGAAAGCUGACAGUACUCGAAUAGGCUAAGUAGUGUAUCAUCAUGGCUUGUCUAAUCAGUGUUCAUCUGAAUAUAGUGGCAGUUUGACGUUGGUGAAUAAAAUACCGCAGGCAUUUAUGCGAGAAAAGUGUAUUAAAAUGCCGUCGUGUGCCUUCCGAAAGUGAACUAACAAUUCGGGAAAUACAAAUAAAGUUAAUGGUGUAAUAUUCAUGCGUAUAUUUUUAGAUUUCAUUGUUUAAUAAAUUUAUUUUCUUUCGUUGUCAUAAAUAUUGAAAUGUGAUCGAACAGCGCAUGACAGAGAAAGUAGUGUUAGAAAAUAUUGCAAGACACACUAUUCUCUCGGUACCGCGCUGUGCAUUAAGUCCGUUUGUCCGCCCAUGAAGUUUCAUAAAAAUUAUUCUAAAUUCGAUAGAACUAAUUACUUACUGUUCUUCAAGAACUAAAAGGAGAACCUUUUAGUGACGAGCACUUAGUCCUAAAAUUUAUCGAAUCGGUAAUCGUAGGGCAUUGCAUUAAAACUUUACAAAACUAUAACAUAUUAUGUAUUAUUAUAUUCAGUUAACAUAAUAUAUUAUCCAUAAUUAUAUUUACGGCUUCUGGUAAAGAUUUCACGUUGAAAUCAUUUAAUUAAAAUAUCGCACUCUAUCUUUUCUUUCUAUCUAACUAGCUGACCCGGCGAACUUCGUACCGCCCAAAAGUCGAGGAAUGUGAUUAUAUUAAUUUAUAUUUAUUAAAUUGAUGAUUUGGAGCCGCAGUAAAGCAAAUACAAAAAAAGUUAAAUAGUUUAUAAGGAUUUUAAACCCACAAAAUUAAGUUUCAAUAACUUAUAUUUUAAUAGUGUAACAGCGAAAUUUAAAACGGGACUUAUUGUUUACCAGGGUUGCCAUGUAUUUGCCUAAUAACCAUUCUCCAUACACAAACAUCCCUUAAUCUCUCAGUACCCUACGACUUCUUGGGAAAUUAGGAAUAGUUUUAUAUUUUUAGAUAAUUAAACCAAAUGGAGUAAAAUUUAUGUUAUAAUGAAAUGAAAACUGCGAUAUUGAUACUUCAGUAUAGUGUUGAAGUUAUAUUCAUCGUCUCUUUACCAAAAUAUCAGCUAGUAUUUGCAACUUGUCUUUAGAUUAUAGUAUUUUCUUUAAAUUACAAUAUCACUAAAGUGAUCAUCUUCUAUCUAAAUAUAGUGUAGUAACAGAUUUGCAGUAGGUACAAAUAAGCAGCCAUUCUUGAGUUAUAAGUGUUUCAACUAACACAACUUUUUGUUAGUUGAAACACUUAUAACUCAAGCCGAGUGGUUUGUACGCCGGGUUUCAUGGCGUCGCCGACUCGAGAGGUCCCGGGUUCGAAUCCCGGUGGGAGUAGAUGUUUGUGUGAUGAACACGAGCAUUUCUACUCCAGUCAUGGAUAUUUAAUAUGUAUUUCUAUAUAAAUAUACUUAUAUAUAUAUACAGUAUAUGUAUUCUAUCCGUUACCCUAGCAUCCCAUAACACAAGCCUUAUAGUGCUUACUUUGGGGCUAGGCUAAUUGGUGUGAGUGUUGGAAAUAUUUGUUAUUAUUAAGUAUUAUUAUAUGUAAAUUAUCCGAGUAAACUAUUGAACUUUUUUGUUUGUUUUAUUUCGCUUGUAAAGACCUAAAUUUUAUCAUGCUAUAGGUAUAUUUUUCGACUGUUAUAAAGGCGGUACGCAGUUCGCCAGGUCAGCUAAUUAUAAUAUAAUUGCAAUGUAUUUAUUCACCACAUAACUAAGCAUUUGUAUUUUUCUAAAUUCUUAAUGUAUAAUAAAUAAAUCAAAACCAUCGCCGCAGAUAGGAUCGCUGAGCUUAUGUAGACAUUUAUAUUUUUUAUUUAAUUCAAGCCUUUUGAUCAGCUACUGUUUGCAAUAUUGGUUAAAUUACCAAAAAAAUAUAUAUCUAGAUGAGACUCGCAUAUAAUAGCAUUACUUUAUUUUUUCGAUAAUAAUUGACUUUGACUACACUAUUGUAAUGUGUCAAAACGGCCAUCAUCAUAACGUCAUUGCAAAUCUAUCUUACGAUUUAAAUCUUCGUAGAAAAGCACUACCGCGCCCUCGAAUCUAAAUCCCAUUCUCUUUCCGCACAGAUUCUAGAUUCCCAAUACAAGCCUUGGCAACGACAAGGCAUUAAUGGACUUACGUUUGUGUGCCUCGGCUUCGAGUCGGCCCUCAUUUACACGUUCGUCCAUCAAUGCCUCUUUUGCUGCCCGCUGCAAUAAGUAGAUUACUGCAGCGGGCAGCACUUUGUCUAUACUUAAUUUACAAAGCUGAAGAGUUUGUUUGUUUGAACGCGUUUGAUCUCAGGAACAAGGAAAGACUCGAACAUUGCUUUGCUUUUCACUUUAGAAUUAGCGCUCAAAACGCAAAAUGUUAAAAAAAUCAAAAAAUAAUAAUUAUUACUACAUCAUCACAUCAUUAUCAUCACCAGCUUAUUAAUGUCCCCACUAAUGGGGCACAGGCCUUCCCUAUGGAUGGAAUAGGGAGAGUGGGCCGUGGCCCACCACGCGGGCCUAGUGCGCAUUGGUGGGUGCUAACGACUGCAGAUGCAGCCGGGACCAACGGCUUAACGUUCCUUCCGAAGCACGGAGGAGCUCGAAAUAACACGUUUUUGGUCACCCAUCCAAAAUACUGUAAUAAAAAAAUUACUUUAUGAAACACAAUUCAACCACAAUAAACUACCAUUGUAAAUUACUGUAGUAAAAACAUUCGUAUUUACCACUCUUUUAUGAAAUAGGCCCCAGUUUAUGCCUUUAAUUCUAAAUACAUAACUCUUUUGUCUCCGCAGACGGGUAUUACAACGUUUAAAAUGGUGGCUUUCGGGAUUUAUACGGUGCGUUUCAUUUUUAAACGUUUUAAACUGUUUUUUUUAAAACUAUACCUACGACUAAUAGACGCGGCGCACCAAUGAAAAUUUGAUGCGAAAACGGGAAAAAUAUAUUAUUUUCAGAGCUUCCGUUGCAUGCACUGCGUAAAUGGUAAAAAUCGUGUAUGACGGUAUUAUUCCUUUUUAAAAGUUCUAAUAAAGCAUACAUUUAUCUUUUAAAUUGAACCCACUAUUACAGUCUGUGCGGAAAGAGAAUGGGCGUGGCGAAAAACGGAACUAACAUUAAGAUUUUUAUUUAGCAAUCAAACCCAGCAAUCUAUAGCCAAAACGUCAAAGUUUUGUAUUGAUACGGAUUUGUUUGUUGUUGUGAUUUCUUGUGGUUUUUUUGCAUUUAAUCAUGUCUAAAAGGGGUAAAACCUUACAAAUACGGUAGAAAAGCACUACAGCGCCCUCCAAUCUAAAUCCCAUUCUCUUUCCGCACAGACUCUACCUUGUUAUAAAAUAAUACAUUAAUUACGAAGAUGUUUUUUAUACCUACAUGAUAAUCAAUCUUCAUCUAAAUAAAGACGUUAUUCAUCACAAGUAUAUAUUUUUUAACAAAAUUGCUCCUGACAUUAUUUUAUUUCAAUGAAUAUCUUAAGAGAUAUCAUCGUUUAAAAUUACUCCGUUAUAAACUUCUUGUUUAUAUAAUAUAAUAUCUUUGGUUCGAGUACAACUCGCGCAUUCAUAAUUAUGAGGAAGGAUGACGGGCGCGCCAGCCUAAAAAAAUAGGAUCAGACUUUAUUCUUUGCAGGAAUGGACCUCAGGUGCCUAGGUAUUUGUUACUUUUUCCAUUGCCAAAAAAGUAUAAAACUCUUUUGUCCUAAAGAAAGCAGAGCUCUUCACUUCACCAUAAAAAUCAUGUCACCUACCCUACCCACGUACGUACGACAUAUUGUUGUAUUUUAACAUCAACGAGAAAAAAGUUGCGGGCACAGCUAGUGUACUAUUAACAUCCAUGACCUAGGUAGGUACAAAUGCUCGUCUUCAUCACACAAACAUUUGCUCCACCGGGAUUCGAACUCCGGAUCUAUGAGUAGGCGACACCUUGAAACCACCUCGAAUUCCGUGGCUUGAAUCGAGUGGUAUGUACGCCGUACAUACCACUCGAAUUCGACGAUUCCACGGAAUUCGAUCGAUCGACGAUCUCCAUGGCUCGAGCGUAAUCCUUUGAGCUUUCCUUGGUAAGCUCGAUUUCGUAUGGCCAUAGCCACGUUGUCAUAGAGAGAUCGGUUAGUAGCGUCAUCUGUUGACAAUAACGCCUUGCUCGGUUUUGAUUUUAAGGAUAUCGUUGUUUUAAGGAUUUAAGAUUUUGAAAACAAAUGUAGAUUAAAUAACUGGGACACUUAUGAUUUUGUAGGUAGGUAUUGUAAAUAAAAAGGUCACCCUAAUAGUAGGAAUAGUAGGUAAGUAGGUACUUAUAAAACAUUUAAAUUACAUUAGGUAGGCUAGGUUUGAAUCUAAAGAAAAAAUUACAAGAUUUUUUUUAAAAAAAAAAGCAAAUUCUAUUUUUCUAGUAAUAUUUUCUUUAGAUUUAAACAUCGAGCAGUUACAUACUUAAAAAAUAAAAAUUAUUAAAAAUAUACAUAUAAAUAAUGUUUGUAUUAUCCCACACGUGGCCGUGGGGCCGGUCUUUAUAUACUUCGAUCACUCGGAUCCAAACUUUAUGCUCAUUGUGAUCUGCCGCCAUCUUGAACGAAAUACGUACGCUUCUUGUGACAGCUACCAACCGACUGAUUGUAGGGACACGAAAAAAGUAUCGAUACUUUGUGGUAUCGAGUACUUUUCCUUUCGAUACCGAUACUUUUGUACUCGAUACUUUGUAUUCGAUACUUUUACUAAAUGAGUACUUUUUGGCAAGUAUCGAUACCUUUAAAAUUUUGGAUAAGCGCCUCAUAUUGCUGGCAACGCCAUCUUGUUAAAUCAUAGCAAACCUUCUAAAACGUUCCAUAGGGUAUUUGACAAGUUUUAGGUAACGAUCUCACGUUAUUGAUUAAUGUUUAUGGAGUCCGUAAAAAAUGGAUAUUCAUCAUUCUGUUGUGUAUUUCAGUAAAAAUAACCAAAUCAAAAACUCCAUUUUCAAGUUGCCGCGAAAACGUUUCUCUGGACAAUAUGGCGUCUUACUAGUGUGUGACGUCACACGACUGUUAUUAAAACGUCAAAC